AUGGCUUUGCUUCAGCUCGGUUCAUCUCUUGUUUGCUACAACAACGUCUUGCCAAAGACUUGGCGGCGGCCGGACACCAUGAAACACCGCGCCCUGCCGCGGUUUAUAUGCUCAGCCGCCGAUAAAACGGCUUCUCCUCAACAGUCCGUCGUCGUCACCCGUCGCUCCGCAAAUUAUCCGCCGUCAUCUUGGGAUCAUAGUUAUCUUCUAUCCCUCGAGAAUCAAUACGCGAAAGAAGGCAGAGUGAGAGAGAGAGUGAAAGUGUUGAAGGAAGAAGUGAGAAAGAUGCUCGUCGAGACGGGGAAUUCCAAUGAGCAGCUAGAGCUCAUCGACACUCUGCAAAGGCUCGGGAUUUCGUAUCACUUCGAGCACGAGAUUGGGGAUGUUCUGACGAAAAUCCGCUACAUGAACGACGUCGGAAAGAAACCAGAUUUACACGCCACGGCGCUGAGAUUCCGUCUCCUCAGACAACAUGGUUUUAGCAUCUCACAAGAUGUUUUCGACAUUUUCAAGACAAGUUUGGAUGAUGAUGACGAUCUCAAAGGUCUCCUCUCCCUAUACGAAGCUUCGUAUUUAUCGACGAAAUCAGACAAUAAACUGAAAGAAGCAAGAUCUUAUGCCAAGGAUAGGCUAAGAGAAUUUAUAGAAAGAAGCUCAAAUGAUGAUGAUGAUGAUGAUGAUGAUGAUGAUGAUGAUGAUGAUGAAACUCAGUCGUAUAUGAGGAAAAUGGUGAUCCAUGCCCUUGAGAUGCCGUACCAUUGGAGAGUGAGAAGAUUAGAGGCACAUUGGUACAUUAAUGCGUAUGGGACGAGACAUGAUGUGAACCCUCUCUUGCUUGAGUUCGCCAAGCUCGACUUCAACAUGGUACAAGCUGUUCAUCAACAAGACCUCAAGCAUCUCUCCAGCUGGUGGAAAGACACGGGGCUUGCGACACAACUUGAUUUCAUAAGAGAUAGAAUCACUGAGCACUUCUUCUGGGGCCUGGCUUUGGUCGAUGAACCUCAUCUUGGAUACCACAGAAGGAUAUUGACUAGAGUGUUCACGUUCAUGAGUACACUUGACGACAUAUAUGACAUCUACGGAACCGUUGACGAGCUCGAAAUAUUUACGGACGCUAUCCACAAGUGGGAUGUGAACCGUCUAGAAGAACUUCCUGAAUAUAUGAGGUCGUGCUUUCUCGUUUUGUAUAACAAUAUUAAUGAGAUCGGGUUUGAAGUUCUCAAAGAUAAAACGGUCAACGUGAUACCUUAUCUAAAAGAUGCGUGGGCAGGUUUUGUGACAUGUUUAUUAACCGAGGCGAAAUGGCACAAGAACGGGGAGAAGCCAAGUCUCGACCAGUACAUGGACAACACUAUGAUUCUUGCAUCCGUAGUGUUACAACCCCUUUACUGUUCUCGUUAUUCCGACAAGAACUCCGUUCCAAUCUUAGACGCAUCAUCCGAUAACUACCUAUCCGUCAUCCGCUCCUCCAUGGUUGUUCUUCGUCUCGCCAACGAUCUCGGGACUUCGUCGGAGGAGAUGGCAAGAGGGGAUACUCCGAAAUCGAUACAGUGUUACAUGAGCGAUACGGGGGCCGAAGAGGGGGAGGCACGCGAGCACAUCCGGGGGAUGAUCGACGACGCGUGGGACGAACUCAACUACGAGAAAACCGCGAGAGAGACUACGCUCCCUCAGGGUUUCGUCGAAGUUGCGAUGAAUCUGGCACGUGCCUCGCAGUGCGUGUAUCAGUACGGUGACGGACAUGGCCAUCCGGACGACGACAGCAAGAUGGCUGACGAUAUCCGGUCCUUGUUUAUCAACCAGCUUCCUCUUGAUUAA